UAAACUGCGGCUUUUUCCGGUCGUCAUUCUCAAAAUCAUCCUCAUAAGCUAGCAAUGUCCUGCAUCGUUCCGACCUGCAACGUUGCGUACGGUUACUUCAGACGAUUCCCCCGUAAAAGUGUUCUAUCGGAGCGAUGGCUCGAUUCUAUCCAGAAGGGAUGCGGCAUGGAGGUGAACCUGCUAGACGACGGCAGCAACGAGAGCCAAAUUUGCGUGUGGCAUUUCGAAACAACCGGCGACGAUAACCCGUUGAUGGAACCGAGGAAGUACAUUGAUCGAUAUGGCCAUCAGGUGGAAAUCGAUAGCUGCCGGUUGUGCCUUGAGCUCUUCCCCACCAACCAAAUGGUGGACGCUGAUGGGAAGCUGGGUGGCGCGAGAAUCAAAUCAUUGAUUUCCGAAUCGGUGGAAACAGAUUUCCAAUGGAAUGCGGUUUCCACCUUGAUCUGCACCGGUUGUCUUGUGCGGUUGGAUCUGCUGACGGCGAUUAAGAACGAUUUCCUGAGUGCAGCUCUCAAGCUGCACCACCUGAUGGAUCUUGUGCAGCAGGAACCCGUUCAGAAAGUUGAGGUGGACGUGGAAAUCGAAGAGGAUUGUUACCUUGAAGAGACGGCCCAUGAUGAAAUGUCCCUCGUUCUUGCAAACGUACAGGAAUGUUUCGUAGCUGAACUUGAUCUAAAACAGAUUUUACAAAGUGAGGAGGAGGAUUAUCACGAGGAGGAAACGAGCGUUGAUGAACUGAUGAGCGAUAGUGACGAACGGAAUCCUCCUGUUGACUGCGAGCCGAAAAUUCCAAAGAAGAUGGGAAGGCCACCCAAGCCACGCCCUGAGAAUCCCGAUCAGCGACCUCUACUAAAAGACAUCGUCGUAAGGAAGUGCUACAUUUGCCCAGAGCUUCUCGCAGACAACUCUGCCUUAGCAGCCCAUCUUAUAGAAACCCAUUCCUCCGUAGACUAUGAAAAGUGCUCCCUAUGUUCGCAGAAAUGUUCUUCUCUGCCAUCAUACAACCGACACCUGUCCCGACACGACGAAUCCGAACGACCCUUCAAGUGCAGCUCUUGUCCGCUGCGUUUCGCUGACAAACUGGCGUGUAAACAGCACAUGAAUACCGCUCACGAUGGCAUACCCAGAAAAACGGUGAGCAACGAGCGACCGAUUUGCGAAAUCUGCGGAAAGUCGUUCAUCUCGAAGACCAGCCUUCGCAUGCAUGUCAAUGGGGUUCACAAAGAGGUUAAAAAGCAUUCGUGCAAGAUUUGUCAGAAAACCUUCCGCUCGAAUUUUACCCUCGAGAGACACAUGCUACUGCACACGGAUAGUAAACCGUUCAGCUGUAACCAAUGCGAUGAAUCGUUCCGACGAGCCUUGUAUCUCCGAUGUCACAUGCGGCGGAUUCACGAAGAAAAGAAAUUUGUCGUUUGUCCUGUCUGCAGUAAAGAAUUCAACAGUUACAAUGCCAUGUAUUUGCACAAAAAAGCUGUUCAUUUCAAAGCGAAACGGAAAGCAGAGGAACCCGGCAUCUUGGCAUGCAAACUAUGUGACCAUCUAGCAUCGAGCCACGAAUUGCGGAAACAUAUCGUGGCAUCGCACGCCAACGAGGCCUACCCAUUCCGGAGGUGUUCCGACUGUCCGCGGACAUUUCUCACGUACACCGCGUGGUACGCUCACAAAUCCGUCCACAACGACAAGUAUGCUUGCCAAGAGUGCGGCAAACGCUUUGCUUCGUCCCAUCAGCGGCAGACUCACGUGGACACUACCCAUAUGGGUGGGAAGCGCUGGGAGUGCCCGCAGUGUCCGGGUAAGCAGUUCAAAACGACUCGCACGCUGAACACUCACAUGGGCAGGACGCACGGCACACUAAAGGCGCACGCGUGCGAGAUUUGCCAGAAGCGAUUUAACCGGAAGGACAACCUGGACACGCACCGGAGGAUCCACACGGGAGAGAAGCCUUUUGAGUGCGACAAAUGCUCGAUGCGGUUCGGCGAUCCCAGUACGGCUCACAAGCAUAAAAAGCGCUGUGGUGGUGACCAGCAGGAACUCUCUAAGGAAUGAUAUUAGAAUACUUGACUAGAAUGCAAUGGAUUGCAGAUUAUUAUCUACUUAUCAUUUGAAUAACCUUGUUGAUUUUUCCAACAGCUUA